AUGUUACUAAUAAUAUGUAUAUUGAUUAGUGGCAUCAAUUCAUUAUAAGGUUUAGUCUCUGUUGGUAGAGCCAUUAAAACCUAAUAAUAAAUCAAUUAUUAUUUAGGAAAAUAUCAUCUAUCUCUGAAUAUGGAUUUGAUUGAUUUAAAAGAAUAUAAAGAUUUUGAUGAUAUAACAAACUUAAGAUAUGCCUCAAAAUGUGAAUAUUGCAAUAAAACAUUUAAAAACUCAUCCUAUCUCUAGAUGCAUUAAUAUAAUAAACACUUUGAUGAUAAUCUCAAAGAAACAAUAAUUAUUUUAAAUUAUAUUUGUGAAUUCACUAAUUGUCUUAAAUCUCAUGGCAGCAAUAGUUUGUAAGCAUUGCCAAAAAAUGUAAGAAUACAAAAAUGUUUAAAAUUUGCGAAUUUAUAUGUAAAUUUUUCAGUUUUGGAGCUAUAAAAUUGUAUGAAAAUAUAAAUAUAAAGUGAAUAAAUUUUGCGAUGAUUUGGUUCUAGAUGAAUUAGAUCCAUUUUAUUAGGAAACUCCUUAUUGGGAUGCCUUUAUGAAUAUUGUUAAAACUAUUGGUAUCACUAUAUAUAUUUUUGGAUCCUUAUACAUAAUAAAAAAAAUAUAGGAUUAUGUUUCAUUUUUACAGAGAAAGCAUAAGCGAACUUAACCAAAAAAUUAUAAAGAAAAAUAUAAUGUAAUGUGA